AAAUCUGGGAAAAAUAUUUGAUUUGGUUUCUUCUUCGGACGAUGUAGGAAAUUGGAGGAGAAAGAAUGGUGCAGCUCUACAUGUAAUUCAUACUACAUCGUGGGUAGAAAUUUUUGUUCAAAUAAAGAAAUCAGCUCGGCAAAAGUUGUUUGGAAUAAAUUAGCCAAAAUGCAUCAACCGGGGCAAUCUGAAUCGAAACCAGAAAUUGGCGUGGGGAGAUCUGAUGGAAAAGAAGAUAAGAUAACUGAAAUGACUCAUUAUGAAGAAUCGGGUAGAGGGGAAGAAGAUGAGAUGACUGAAGAUUCUAGCCUUGUGGAAUUGAGAAAGAGCAUUUGCAAUGGAGAUUGGAAUGCUGUUAGGCUGUUUUUCGUUUUUGGCAAUCAUCCACUAGAUACGAUAAUAUUAUCAAACGAAGGUUCCACUGCUCUUCAUGUUGCAAUACUGGCUGCGCAAUAUAAGAUUGCUGAGCAUUUGAUAGAGAUGAUGUCCGAAACAGAUCUGGAAAAAAAGACUGCGAGUAACAGUGGCUGUCACACGGCUCUUACCUUAGUUGCAAUGACGGGAAGAACACACGUAGCAAAAUGCAUAGUCCAAAAGAACAACAAAUUACUUACAAUUGAAAGUGAUCAAGGCUUUAUCCCAGUAACUGCCGCAUGUGCUAAGGGCCACAAGGAGAUGACAAACUACCUUUAUGCUGUCACCCCACCCGACGUCUUGCUAUCACAAAAUGGCAGAUAUGGAUUCGAUCUCCUGAAGGAGGGCAUGGAUAAGAAAAUUUUAGUUCAAUCUCUUUGGAAUUGUGGAGUGGCUGACGCGAUGUUUGAAGCUACCAAGCAGGGCAUUGUUGAAUUCGUCGUUGAGCUAUUGAAAGUAACCCAACCACUCAUUUUCCAUAAUGAUGAUCGCAGACACGUUUUCAUGAUAGCAAUCCAAUAUCGUCAAGAAAACAUUUUCAACCUCCUGUAUAGCAUUAAUGAGGAAUGGAGAGCCCAUUUUCUUAAUCAGACAGAUAGAAACGGGAAUAAUAUAUUACAUGUGGCAGGGGAGAUGGCUCCUCCCUCUCGACUUGCCCGAGUCUCCAGCCCUGUAUUGCAGAUGCAAAGAGAACUACAAUGGUUUAAGGAGGUGGAAAGAAUUGUUCCAGAAUGGUGCAAAGAAUCUAAAAAUAAUAAUGGUGAAACCCCUUCUGAAGUAUUUUCAAAUAGCCAUGAGAAAUUAGUGAAAGAGGGGGAAAAAUGGAUUAGGGACACAGCAAGUUCUUUUAUUGUUGUUGGUACUCUCAUUAUUACGAUCGCGUUUGCUGCAGCCAUUACUCUUCCAGGCGGCAAUGCUCAAAAUGGAUUUCCCAAUUUUUCACCGGGAAGACCACUUGCGAUGUUUAUAACAUUGAAUGCGAUUUCCUUCUUUACCGCAUCAACUUCUGUCUUAAUAUUUUUGGGAAUACUAGCAUCGCGCUUCGCCCAGGAAGAUUUUCUCGAGUACUUACCCGAAUUGUUGGGCUUGCUCGUCUACACUAUUCUUAUUUCUAUUAUGGCAAUGAUGGCUAGCUUUUUUGCUGCUGUUUUGAUUAUACUACAACAUCGACGGUGGGUAAUCAUUUCCAUAACUAUGAUAGCUAUCGUUCCAGUUACAUUUGUUGGAAGGUUGCGGUUUCACCUCCUUUUUGAAAUUUUGUUUUCGACACAUGCUAAGGGGAUACCUUUUAACAGAAAAAAAGGAGCCUUGGCUGUAGUGGGGCGCAAGUUGAUUGAAUUUUUUGGAACAUAAGUGCGCAGUUUCCCCUUCAAGUUGAAAAUCUUUAGCUUGUUCUUUGGUUAUGUUAGUUGGAACUUCUAAUUUCCCUGAUCUAUUUGGUUGGAUUAUCAGAUUUUUUGCUUUUAAUUAUGAGACUGUGGUCUAUGUACCUUUUCACUGUGUAAAAAUAAUAUAUUAAUCAUACAUAUGUUAUGUUAGAUUUUCAUAUAUCUUGCUUUCUUAAGUAUAUAUGUGAUUGGUGGCUUGAAAAUGAAAAAAUGGGACGUCA